AUGGCUCCGUCCUUCACGUGUCUCUGUCUUCUUUUUCAGUUAAUCCUGACCGUUGGUGGAAUACACGACCAUCAAGACCGCCGGGGAACGACGCCGGAAGGUUAUCUUCAAAUGCCGCAAAACUCGCCGUUUAAGAUCGUUUUGUUCGCCGACUUGCAUUUUGGAGAGGCCGAAGAGACAGACUGGGGUCCAAUCCAAGACGUGAACUCUACAAGGGUUAUGUCAACUGUACUGGAUAUAGAACACCCAGUGGAGGGGCAGUUCCGUCAUUUUACACAACAUAAGCCGCGCAUGACAACUGGAAUGUCACCGCCACCAAACGUUCCCAUCGUCUGA